AUGGCCCUCUCACUCUCCCGAACCCAUCAUCAACUAUCUACCCGUGACACUGUUUCCUUCACUAUCUCUGAAUCCAACCAAAACUUCAACCAUCUUUGCUCCCAUCUCUGUGAAGCAUCAAAACAACACGAACCUUCUGGAAUUGCUGAAGUGUAUGUUGACACGUGGAUGAAUCAUAAUGACCGAAGUUUCAAUGUUGUUACUCCAAAGCUGAGUGAUGGACUCAAAGGUUUGUUUGAAUUAACCCCCUCACAGAUUCUAAAGCUCAAACUACAUGCAAACUCUAAGGUGAAAGUGAAUGUUCAUCCGUCAACAUUUUCUGUUACGUGUGCUUAUGUGUUGGCGUGUUUGGUCAAAGUGAGACAAGUGAAAGAAGAUACCAGUAAGGAUGAAGGAGUGUUAAAUGGAGCAGAAAGAUGGGUUUCGGAUAUGAAUGAAUUUAUGGAGGGUAGAAUAUCUAUUGUUGGAUUUCCUAGGUUUGAGGUUUACAAUAUUGAUUUUGGGUGUGGAAGGCCAAAGAAGGUGGAUCUUAGUUCAAUAGGAGAGGAAGCAUUUUCUCUUAAUGAAAGUAGGGAUAUCCAUGGAGGGGUUGAGAUUGGAGGAGUUCAAAUAGGAGUUUAA